AUGGAUCAGAUCAGGCAGGAUCCUGGAGUAAACACAGAGAUCAUCAUCAUCAGAAAGAGCAGAGGACUCCAGGCUGAAGGAGAACACAACUCAACAGGAGACCUGGAGGUGGAACAUGAGGGAGAAUGGAGACCAGUGAGGGGCUUUCUCUCUCUCUGGACCCUGAAGGCAACAGGAGUCGCCUGCAGAGAGCUGGACUGUGGCUCUGCUGUUUCUGUGGGAGGGAGAGAGGGGUCCUCAAGGAGACCUGUGUGGGGGAUCGAUCCUGAAUGUGUUGAGUCUGGAUCUGCUCUGAGGGAGUGUGCACAAUCAUCUUCCUCUAGAGACAUCCUGACUCUCACCUGCUCAGACUCUGUCAGGCUGCUGGGGGGGACUGGUCUGUGCUCAGGCAGACUGGAGGUGAACUCUGACCAGUCUAACCAGUCUAACCCGUCCUGGUCCUCAGUGUGUGAGGCUGACUUUGACCAGCAGGAUGCUCAGGUGGUCUGCCGGCAGCUGGGCUGUGGGGCUCCUUCAGUCCUCCAGGGGGCGCUCUAUGGAGAAGGGGAGGCUCCAAUGUGGACCAAAGAGUUCCAGUGUGGAGGCAAUGAGUCUGCUCUCCUGGACUGUAGCUCAGCCUCAGAGAGAAACACCUGCUCACCUGGCACAGCUGUUAGCCUCACCUGCUCAGAGCCUGGUGGUGUUAAGCUGGAGGGAGGAGAGAGUCGCUGUGCAGGAGCUCUGGAGGUGGAACAUCUGGGAGAAUGGAGACCAGUGGGGGGCUCUCUCUGGACCCUGAAGGAAGCAGGAGUCGCCUGCAGAGAUCUCGACUGUGGCUCUGCUGUUUCUGUGGGACUGAGAGAGGAGUCCUCAUUGAGACCUGUGUUGGUGAUCAGACCUGACUGUGUUCAGUCUGGAUCUGCUCUGAGGGAGUGUGCAGCAUCAUAUUCCUCUCUCUACCUCCUGAAUCUCACCUGCUCAGAUAAGCUGUUUCAGCCCAACAUCUCUGUGUCCUCCUCCAUGUACGGGGUCUCCGGGGCCCAGCAGCAGGGGUUCCAGGUGUUCAGAGGCUUCACCUUCACCAUCAGUUGCUCCAUCCAGCCUCAGUACCUAGGAGGCUCCUUCCUGCUCAGCUCCUCCACUCACAACUACACCCAGCCAGCUGUCAAUCACUCUGCCCACUUCCUGUUCCCGGCUGCAGAGCCCGCCCACCAGGGAAACUACAGCUGUGUUUAUGUCUCUGCUUUUUCUCAGGACUUCUCCUCUGAGAGCCGUGUGCUCUCCGAUCACCGUCACAGGUGA